UUCUCUUGUGGUUUUCCCUAACGUACGUUUCGUGUCCGGCAAUGCUUCGUUGAGUCUUACGUUAAACGUAGAAAGAGUUUGCUUUUUCGCUUGUGAGAUCCAUUCGAGCGACUUUCUCACAAUGGCAGAGUAUCUAGCAUCAAUUUUUGGAACUGAAAAGGAUAAAGUAAAUUGCUCGUUUUACUUCAAAAUAGGAGCCUGUCGACAUGGAGAUCGAUGUUCACGUAUCCACAACAAGCCAACUUUCAGCCAGACAUGUCUUCUGCAGAAUCUCUAUGUAAACCCUCAGAAUUCUGCCAAAAGCGCAGACGGAUCUCACUUGGUCGCGAAUGUAACGGACGAGGAAAUGCAAGAGCAUUACGAUAAUUUUUUCGAGGACGUUUUCAUUGAAUGCGAGGAUAAAUACGGUGAAAUUGAAGAGAUGAACGUGUGCGACAAUCUCGGCGAUCAUCUGGUUGGGAACGUUUACAUUAAGUUUCGCAGGGAGGAGGAUGCGGAAAGAGCUGUCAACGAGUUGAAUAAUCGUUGGUUCGGCGGCAGGCCGGUCUACGCUGAACUCUCGCCCGUUACGGACUUUCGCGAGGCUUGCUGCCGUCAAUACGAAAUGGGCGAGUGCACCCGUUCUGGAUUUUGUAACUUCAUGCAUCUGAAGCCCAUCUCCCGGGAGCUUCGUCGGUACUUGUACAGCCGGAAGAAGAGCAAGGGUCGAUCCAGGUCGAGAUCGAAAUCACGAGGCCGCGAUCGCAGGAGGAGAUCUAGAUCUCGAGAUAGGAGGUCCAGGUCUAAGGAUCGUCGCAAGGGAAGAGACGACAAAGGCAGAGAUGGCCGGUCUGGUCGUUAUUAAUGAUAUUUCACGUGUGUAUUCGCUGUUUAUCCGUUUUUCGUGUUUCAAUUUCGUUUGGUAUACUACAUAUAACUACAUUUCACGCCACGCCACGCCCCAUCAAUACUUUCUUUAUUAUUAAUCACUUAGCAAGUGAAAAACUUAUAAAAAGUUUUACGUUUUUACGUUUAUUGUAGAACGUUCAAUAAGUUCCUUCAAAUUUCCUUGUAUUCAUUUAGUAUUAAAUUGCUGUGGUAUAUUGAUAUGGGUUAUGUAGGUUUGGUACCAUUGUUUCAUUGAAAAUAUCGGUUAUAAUUUUGCAGUAAUAUGUUAUAAUUAUUCUCCACAUAUAUGUAUUAUUUGACAUAAACUGUCUCAUUGGUGGAAAAUAAUGAAAUAUGAUUCAUGUAUUUUUAGUUUUUAUAUUAAAGUGUUGUUGAGAAUA